AUGGUUGUAUUGGAGGACCAUUACAAGUACGGAUACUACGGAAAUGGAAACCAGAUAACCGCCGCCAUGAAACAUGGUAUCUGGCAGUCGACAAAUUUUGGUGAUGAACUUGCAAUUAAUCUUUGGAAAGAAUGCACCAAAUGUCCAGAGAAGUUUGAUCGUCAAAAAUUACUGCCUCUCCCUGUAACAACAGUUGUUGCGGUUACCAACCUAAAGGCUUCCAGAAUUGACGUUGCAACACACCUCUAUGUUAAUCCUGACAUCCCAGACACUACCCUACUGAUACACCGCUAUACAGGUCCAACAACACCUAUAAGUGAACAUACAGGCAUACAAACAACAAUUGAUGACCUCACAAAGAGGACACGUUCUGAGCUUUUGGAUAAGACAUUCAACCUGAAAGCAUCAAUCCAACAUGUCUUCUUUAAAGAUUACUGGUGUCAAGUGACAUGUCCUGUCUGUAAAGAUCCUAUUUUUGAAAAAGGCACCAACUGGUUUUGCAGUGCACAUGGUACAGUUACAACACCAAACUUCAUAUAUAAAUUAAAUGUAACUGUUACAGACGAAACUGGUGUCUUAUCUGCAUCCAUAACUGAUUCUGUCGCACGAAAAAUAAUUAGCAAAGGGCCAGACAAACUCUUUGCAGAAAAUACACACCUAGGUAGACGAAACUUGCCUACCUCUAUCAAGACAAAUACAUCACCUGUAAAACAAAUGACAAUUCAGUUACUAAGAACCUCAGCAGCUGGUACCAUCCGUUUUCUCCUUGUGGAUAUUGCCGAUCUCCAACCUGUCACCCAGUCAACAAUCCCACAGACCCCUACCCCGAUGGCUGAAACCAGAUUACCUGACCAAUACCGUAAAGAUUCAAUUGGAUCUACAACAUCACAAACAUCAGAUGUCUCAAAACAGUUGUCUUACACCCCCUUAGAGAAACAGCCUCAGAAAAGAUUAAGGUCGCAUAAAGACAACCCUUGA